UCACUUCUUUUCUUGUACAACACUACUGUCAUGGCGUAAUUUGCUUCGGCUGGUUUUUGUGUGUUAAUAAAUUUUAAGUUUUUCGAUUUGUGUUCAUAUAUAAAAAAAUUUCAUCAAAAUAAAGAUGAGUGAUUUCUUAAAAUCAGCAAUGGGUUAUUUCAACUCUGGACCAAAUGGUGAAUCUGAUAAUGAAUUUGUUGGUCAAACUGUAGAAAUUGGUUCAAUAAAAUUACGAAUCAAAAGAGUUAUUGCCGAAGGUGGUUUUGCAUUCGUUUAUGUGGCACAAGACAUUUUAAGCGGAAAGGAAUACGCCCUCAAAAGACUCAUUGGCGCUGAUAAGCAAGCUUGUAGCAAUAUUAUCAAUGAGAUUAAUAUACACAAACAAGUGUCGGGACAUGCGAAUGUCGUGGCAUUUAUUGGUGCUACAUUCAUUGAUAAAACAAGUGGUCCACAUGGAAGGGCUGAGUAUUUGUUACUUACAGAACUUUGUAAAGGUGGCUCAUUGGUUGAUUGCUUGGGAAGUUCCAUGGAUCCAGCUUUGGUGCUUAGAGUAUUCUAUCAAGCUACAAAAGCUGUUGGGCAUUUGCAUGCUCAAAAUCCUCCCAUAACACAUCGGGAUAUAAAAAUAGAAAAUUUCUUACUGGGCAAUGACAAUCAGUUGAAAUUAUGUGACUUUGGUUCAGCAACAGUGCAGAUAUUCGAGCCAAAUGUCGAUUGGGGUGUUCAGCAGAGGAAUGUUUUGGAAGAUCAGCUAACAACAGUGACCACACCGAUGUAUAGAUCUCCCGAAAUGCUUGACACUUGGAACAAUUAUGUGAUAGGCCCCAAACUAGAUAUCUGGGCUUUAGGAUGUGUCCUUUAUUGUUUAUGUUUUCAAAAACAUCCAUUCGAAGAUUCAGCCAAGCUACGAAUUACAAACGGAAAUUAUACAAUGCCAUCAGAUUCCAGAUUUAAUUGUUUCCAUGAUGUCAUCAAAGGAUGCCUAACAGUGAACCCCUCAAAUAGGUUUAAUAUUUCAACAAUUUUGGAUCGUUUGGCAGCGAUAUCGGAAACGAAAAAUUGGUCAUUAAAGGGACCAAUUGAAUUGGUGGGUAAACCAAUAGUAACACCACCAAGUGGUUCGCCGGAACACAGUCCAGCAACAACAAAUGGACCUGUGCCGUCUCCACUUCCCUCACGACCUCCACCACCAAGGCCUACACAUUCUACCAAUCUAUCGGCCUAUUCAGACAACAAUGCCUCAGAUAGUUUUCCCCAACAUCAACAGCAGCGUCCAGCAAGACCAUCACCAGCUGCUGCCACCAACAACAUGCAACAAUACAAUUACCAAGGUCAAAAUCUACCACAGGCACCACCCAAUGCAGCUGGCGCCGCACAAACAGGAAGCCUUUUCUCCUCAAUUCGAGGUGGUGCCGGCAGUUUUCUCAAGAAUCUCAAGGACACCUCCUCAAAAGUUAUGCAAACCAUGCAACAGUCAAUUGCUCGAGUUGACAUCGACAUAAGCUACAUUACAUCACGUAUCUUGGUGAUGCCAUGUCCCUCUGAAGGCUUUGAAUCUGCCUACAAAACGAAUAACAUUGAAGACGUACGGUUGUCCAUCGAAAGUCGUUAUCCACCGGCAAAAGUAAGUGUCUACAAUUUUGGCAAUCGAAACUGUCCACGUCUACCUCCACCGGUACGGACAGUUGAGGCCGGCUCAAUAUACACAUGCCCUCAAUCCAAAGCACCGCAUUUACAUGGAAUGUUCUCUGUUGCCGAAGAUAUGUAUGGUUUCUUGACUGCAGAUCCAAAAAGUAUUGUAAUCAUUCAGACAAGUGAUAGUGGUGGCUGCAGUGCAGCCACAAUGGUGUGUGCUUUGCUCAUGUACAGCGGACUUAUUCAUGAACCCGAAGAUGCUGUUCAAGUGUUUGCUGUCAAAAGACAUCCAAUUAAUCUUAGGCCUUCAGAGUUUCGUUAUUUGUACUAUUUGGGUGAUAUUCUGAGAACAACACCACUUCUGCCGCACUACAAGACUCUUAAUGUGGUUUCGCUAGUGUGUCAACCAGUUCCACGAAUGACAAAAGCUCGUGAUGGUUGCCGAAUGUACAUCGAAGUCUAUUGCAAUGAAAGGCUUCUAAUGAAUACAGUUCAGGAUUAUGAAAAAAUGAAAUUAUAUUUAUCUGGACCUGGAAAAAUCGUGCUACCAAUUAACCUAACUGUUUGUGGAGAUCUUACAGUUGUUCUCUAUCAUGCACGCAAUGCUCUCAAAGGGAUGGGUCGUCCUCAAGGCUUGAAAAUUUGUCAAUUACAAUUAAACACUGGCUUCAUACCCGAACAGGAAACCCUAAUUACUUUCACAACCAACGAUUUGGAUGAAUUACCUGACCAGGAACAUGUUCCAUCUAAUUUCACUGUGUCUCUCUCGAUUGUCGUUACUGACAAUGAAAGUCGCCCGUCAAAGAAUCCACCCUGGUUACCGGCUAAACCAAAACGUAAUCCAAUUAAUCUAUUUAGUUCACAAUUGGAAUAUGUAGAAAUGGUUGAUAAUUUUGUUACUAAACCAACUGCGGGAUCUGUACCCGAACGCCCACGCCAGCCACCACCAUCAAGGCCAGCACCACCCAUACCCCAUAUAGAAACUACAACCAAUCCGGUUUCAGAUGUAUCUGAGCAACAAACAGAAGCACCCUUGGUAAUGCCAGACAUUACAGAAAAUAGCAACGAGCGUCCAUAUGCAAGUACAUCGCCAGCUCCACCAAUCGAUUUGCUGAAUUUAGGAGGAGGAGGAAGCCAAUCAAUGACUCAGAAUCCAGCAACAUCUCAAAGUCAGCCUCAUAUUGCAUCGACAAAGGAGGCUAGCUUUGAUUUGUUGGGAUCAUUUGAUUCAGGUGAUUUGCGUUCAGCUCCAAUACCUGAUAUUUUGGAUAACACCCAACCAAAAUCAACAGCUGGAUUAGAUGAUAUAUUUGGAUCAAUUAGUGCACCGGCCACUGCAACGGGGGGAGAAUUUAAUUUAGACUUUAAUGCGUUUGCAUCAGCGACACCAGCUCCUAGAGUGACUCCAUCGGUUCCAAUGAGUUUUCCACGAUCACCAGCUGCAUCGGCUGCAACACCUUCAUUUACAACAACAACUGUUGGUGGUAACAGUCAAGUACCAAGCAAAGAAACAUCACCACAACAACCUAAGGAUCCUUUUGCUGACAUAGCUAAUUUAGCUUCUGGAUUAAAUAUAAAUUUUAAUCCCAAUACUCUUAGUAAUAAUAAAACACCUGGUACAACACCAGUGGCUAAUAGUCCCUAUACAACUCAAUUCUCAAGUCCUACACACAAUUAUGCACGUAACAACAGUAAUACUGCAACAUCUGGAGGAGGAAUAGUACCACCACCACAAGUGAAUCUUUCAACACCAUCGCCGUCACAUAAUAUUAAAUCACCUAAUGGUGGAAUUGGUGUACAAUUCCCUAGCCAACCAAUUCCGACUGCAACACCAUCACCAUCAUCACAACCGCAACCAUCAUCGGCGAAUAGUAGACCAGAUUAUAGUAGAUCACAUUUUGAACCAAAAACUCCAGCUAGUGCUGGCGGAACACCCAAAAAUGCUGAUAUAUUUGCUGAUAUUCUAGGAGAACAGGGUUAUAAAUUUGGUAGUAAAACACAACAUGGGCCAAGGUCGAUUAAUGAAAUGAGAAAAGAAGAACUUGUUAAAGAUAUGGAUCCUGAUAAAUUGAGAAUUAUGGAAUGGACGGAAGGAAAGAAAAGUAAUAUACGUGCUUUAUUGUGUUCACUGGACACAGUGCUAUGGACGGACGCCAAAUGGAAAAAGUGUGAAAUGUCUACUUUAAUUACACCAGUUGAUGUGAAAAAAGCUUAUCGUAGAGCAUGUUUAGCAGUGCAUCCGGAUAAACACAACGGUACAGAUAAUGAAGAAAUAGCUAAACUAAUUUUCAUGGAGCUGAAUAAUGCUUGGAGUGAUUUCGAAAACGAUUCUACUCAACAAAAUAUGUUUAAUUCAUAAGCCUUAAUAUAGUGGACCCGCUAAAUUUGUAUUGAAUAUAUUUUUAUUUUCUACUUAGCUCGUAUACAAACAAAAAAAAAAAAAAAAACACUGUUAUAAGAAUUUUUCAAGAGUUAAAAUAAAUCCUAUCACUCUAUAUUAAAAAAAAAAUGAAAACACAUACAAUUCAGCGCCAUAGUGAGAGCAGAAUAAAGAUGCUUUUUUUUAUAUAAAUAAUAUAAACAAAUAAAUAAAUUAAAUUAAAUGAAUGUUAUGUUGCCAGGACAGAUUACUUAAUUUCUAUAAACUAUUUUAUAUUUACACGUACUUUCCUUUUAUAUAAAUACAAAAUAAAUAAAUAAAAUAUAUAUAAGCAUACGGAAAUAUGCUAGAAAAUAAAAACAAACAAAAAAUAAAAUCAUUAUGUAAAGGUAGUCUUUCCAGUUCAUGUUCUGCAUUUAAAUUAAUUAAUUUUAUAAACAAAUAAGUUAGUCUUUUAUUAUUUUCCAUAAAAAAAAAUCUAUUCAAAACACAAUGCUUCUUUAUUAAAGUGUGCUGUAUUUUUUCUGUUCCCUUUUCUAUAUUUUUGAGAUUAAGUUGGUCGCCUAUGCUCUUUUUUGUUUUAUUCUUAGUAAUUAAGUGAGGAAUUAUAUUUUUUUGUAUUAUUUUAUAGUAAUUUAUAUAAAAUUGGAUAAUCAUAAAGUAGAGACUGUUUAAGUUAUAAAUUAUUUAAUUCGUUAAAAAAAAAACACCACACACA